AACUUAAAAGAAAGCGUGCCGCGCGCGACCUUAUCACUUCAGCAUCAAAUUGGGGCGUUUUCCCCGAGGCACAAGUAUCCGAUAGACUUGAAGAAUACACUGGACGUCAAUCACGAGACUUCCCUAUCGAAGCAUCAAAGAAGUAUCUCUUUGUACGCGCUAUCUACGAAUGCCGAGAAUCUCAAAUUGCAUAACUCGCCCGAAUGCCUCUCAGAAUACGUGGGAGAGGGAUUGGUGAUAACAUUCAAUGCCCUGGUGCUUGGGCAGCGCGAUUGGUCCAACAAUUCCGUCUAAACGAGCGCCGACGGCGUUGCUCGAUCUGUCAGGCUUUCAGCUUAAAAUCUAGCCCGGAUGAAAAAAAGAUAUUUAGACCUUUCCAAACAACAGUCGUGCUGAGCUCUUGACCCAAGCUGAAGCAACGGGAGCAGACAAAAAUUAUUCGGUAAGUGAUUUUAACGGAUUGUUUUACUAUCGCGUUCUAACCGUAUUUCAACGUCCAGAGGGGUAAAUUUCAAAUUCCGAUUCAAAUUCAAAAUCAAAGUGAAAUAGAUUUAUGUUAUUUCAGGCUGUAGAAAAUCUGAAAAUAGAAAGCUUUGUUCAGGAUUGAGUUAGAAUAGUCCAUGCCUGUUCAGGAUUGAGUUAGAAUAGUCCAUGCCUGUUCAGGAUUGAGUUAGAAUAGUCCAUGCCUGUUCAGGAUUGAGUUAGAAUAGUCUGCCAGGUGUUCGCAUGGUCCAAGACGACCCAGCUGUGACAAAAAAAUGUGGUUUAUUCGAUAUCUGUACUAAUCUUCUGAUUGCACUUUCCCAAUUUCUCAGUUUUCAGCUCGGUUUCCUAUAACAUCAGCCAAAUCAGGAAUAUUAAAUGAAUACUAUUGAAACGGCGGUAAAACAUUAACAAAUACGAUGAUAAUUGUUUGAUGAGCCCACUGACACCUGAAGCGCAUGCGCAGAAGAUGUGUGAAACACGAAGGAGUUUAGUGUCUCGUGAAAACUGGGAAAUCGAUUUCAAUAUAGACCCGAGGCUAACACUAUUGCGAAUGACCAUUAGUGAAUAACAACCUCACAAUUAUCAGUACUCUUUGUAUAACUCUAGUUCAAUAAUCACGUGAUUGAAAAAUAAAAUGUUAGACCCAAACAUCUAAAAAUAUAAAUUUCUGCUACUACAAUCUCCAUAUAGAGAUUGACCAUAAUAGUAUAAAUAAGAAAAGAAAGUAAGAAACGAGGGAAAUAAACAGGAAUUAUGAAAAAAAAAUAUGUAUAAAAAGACCAAUCCAAGGGUUAACAAUCUGUGUUUGGAAAUUAUAAAACAGUUGAGAGUAUUUCUUGAGAUAAGUGUUAAAAGUAUUUGAAAAAGACAAUCACUUAAAUUUUAUAAAUUUGACAUCUAACGACUACCACAAACCUGAGUACAAAAACACGAACAGAAUGAAAUUUGUCAUCUAAGCACUUAUUUUAAUUUAAUUAAAUUUCUAUUUUUAGAAAGGACUGUUGUUUCAAAGAUAGCAAUUGUUCUGAGGGCAUGGCUGUUAUUUUUCAGUAUAUGAAGGCAGGCUGCUAAAGAUGUAAACCGGGAAUAUGGAAUCGCCUAGUGGUCACGUAACGAUAGCUAGCCAACACUAAUGGCCGAGAAAACGGGGUUUUGCUCUCCUUCCGCAGACACACACAUACACCCCUUUGUUCUAAGAAUCAGCUGUUCUAAGAACCUCUCUAGUUAGUCUUAUACGCUAGUGUUUACUGUUUUUUUUUACCUCCCACUCGAAGCAAUCUCUAUAUUGGACACAGUCAGUGGAGUGGAAAGGCACUUGAUAACUUCAUAACUAAAUAAAGAGUGAUUUGGGUAAUACUUCGCGAUCAUCAACGUCUGAAAGGGAAGUCUGAGAGUUGCUGUUAGUCUAAUCACUUUUGAGUGAUGAUAUGUGUCUCAGGACGACAGUUUGUGAGCUGUUUGAGGAUCAGGAUAUUCAAUAAAAUCGCAUCAAGGUUUUCUGGUAAUAAAUACAUCCAUCACCACUAUCCAUCACCAAAGUUGGCAAUGCCUUUUUUACGAAUACAACACUGUCUUCUAGAAGAUAAAGAAUCACGCGUGCUGAGAUGCGAACACUCUUUGACAAAUGGCACUAAGACAUGCUUUAUCUGCUCUCAAGCGGACCCCCGGAGUGUCAUGGGCUUGAAAAUCCUACCAUUAUCAGUUUAGAGGGAGAACGUGCAAAUAAUUUUUCUCACGAUCUGUAAUGCGCUGACCACGUUUUCCAAGACACGUUCAGCCGCAAAGUGAUUCUCAGUUCUGCCCGAUCAUCGUUUAUAUCAGGAAGCUCGAGGGUGGACUGAAAGGAGAUAUAUGCAGUUGAUGACAACAUUUUUGUCGAAGAACAAAAAACGUAACGAGUAACAGUUAGUGACCGACCCCGCGAAGAAAUGAGCAAGAGCAAGGAGGAGGGAAAGUUGUGACAGUUUGGCGAGCGGAUUGCGGCUGUCUCUAAUCCCUUGGAUAUUCCACUCUGCGCGUUCAUUCGACCAGAUGGUUUCUGUGCGGUCAAUGGAGCUAAGGGAUCGACCACAAGCGCAGAAUUGAACCAAACCUAGAGACGCAAACGGGAGGAAAUUCGAACUUCAUAUGUAAGACAAACAAUCUGCUUCGAUCAUAGACAGUUGUAUAUGAAAUACAAGGCAAUUUACUGAAAGAGCAGGUGAAUCGAACGGCAAGAGUUCAAAGGGAGCCGGACCCAUCUGCUGACGGCCAGAUCCAGGCGCAAUACACGCAAGUAAAGGCUGCACGGCGGGAAAAGCGUUUGUUGAAGCUAAAUUUUAAUAAAAAGCUGAUAAACCGGAGACGAUCUAAGACUGGUAUCGCGACUUUCGUCACAACAUAGCGAAUGCAAUCACAGUAAAUCUUCGGCUGAUAGUUCAGACAAAGAUGACAAACAACACGUCCAACAUUAACAACGCGACUGGACCGGCGCACUUCAAGGCGUCCUUCAUGGUUCCGUCGUUUUUAUUUCUGCUAUUCAUUAUGAUUAUGUCGUUGUCUGGCAAUAUCCUGGUCAUAUUGGCCUUCAAGACCUACCGUAAGCUACGCACAAAGACAAAUUACUUCGUUGUGUCUCUCGCAAUAGCCGAUAUCUUAGUCUCCCUUUUCUCGAUGCCUAUAUGGGCCGCCUACCUCCUAACCGGACCGAACUGGAUAUUCUCGGAGACGUUACAAAGAAUAUGGACCGGUGUAGAUAUCUUGUGCGGCGUCGCGUCUAUCAUCAACCUUGCGGCUAUAAGUAUCGAGAGGUGCAUUUGCAUAACGCAUCCGCUGACCUAUCAUACCACGAUGACGUCACGGCGCGCUAUCAACAUCAUCGUCCUCAACUGGAUCUUUGCGUUUAUCAUGAGCACUGUGAAAAUCAUCUGGUACACGCUUGAGAGGCCAUACUACGAGCUUAUUAUCAGCAUCUCUUGCUUUUUCAUUCCCUUGUUUAUCAUGUGCUUCAGCUAUCAUCUCAUUUUUAAAGCCGCUAGAUACCAAGCUCGCCAAAUUGCGCUUGUUGUCAAGGGAGGCGUGCGAAAUUUCUUCCUCUCGACGGAAGUUCGUGCGGCAAAAACAUUAGCCGUGGUGAUGGGAACAUUUAUCGUUAGUUGGGGACCAUUUUUCAUUAUUAAUUUAGUUUGGGGGUUCUGCGGUGAGGAUAACUGUAUUCCACCGACGACUGUCAUGGUGGUAAAGUGGAUGCACUAUAGCAACUCGUUUUACAACCCUAUAGUGUACGCUUGCAUGAAUAAGGAGUUCCGAGGCGCGUUUGCAAACAUCCUUUGUCGGCGAUUAUGCUACAGCAGACACAGGAAGCGCUCCAAAUCGUCAGGUACGACGUUAAACGUCUCUGACUAUUUAAGCAACGGAGACAUUCAUAGAUGAUGUCACGCAACGCUAAUGGGGACAUUAAACAAUGUCACGGAACGCUACUCAUGACAUUCAACGAUGACGUCACUCAACGAUAACGGAGAUAUUUAACAAUGAUGUCACGCAACGCUAAUGGAGACAUUAAACAAUAGUGUAACACAACGCUAAUGGAGACAAUUCAACAGUGAUGUCACGCAACGCUUACAGAGUUCUUCAACGAUGAUGUCACGCAACGGUAAUGGAGAUGUUACGUAACGCAAUAAAGACAUUCAACGAUGAUGUCACGCAACGCUAAUGGAGAUGUUACGUAACGUGAUAAAGACAUUCAACGAUGAUGUCAUACAACGCUAAUCUGAAUCACAUCGCAUCAACCACGUGCUGAGCUGUAGGUUUGUUCCAUCGGAAGAACUUUCAUAUAUAUAUAUAUAUACAUUACAAUAAGGUUUUAGAUUAUGAGUUUUUUCUUUUAAUUUCAUAUUUCACUUAAAUAUUUCACUUGAAAUUGCAUUUUCCAAAUGCAAUUUCACAUAUAUUUAGUUGAAAAAAGCCCAUGCCCUGAUUAAUAAAACAACCAACAAGUUUGUAAAUAAUUAAUUCAUUACAAUAGAGAGAUGUCCACAUGUUUUUUUUUUUGCAAUUAUUAGUUCAUUAUUUAUAUCCUGCAGUCAUGACACAGUUUGUAUAGGCUUCAAAGAUUUAUCAAUCAAAAGCUUUUAUCUUUUUUUUUAAAUAAAUAUUUUUUGUGUGUGUUUGUAUUGUUGAUUUGUAAAUACCGUAAUGAUUUAAAUAAGUUCCCAGGGUGCUAUUUUUAAUUUUUCAGGUCUUUGAGGGGGCGCUUAUUGGAGAGGUGGCCCUUAUUGGUGAAGGGGUACUUAUUUCAUUUCAGCAGGAAAUAACAGCUUCUGAAUCGAACAAAACUUAAACUGCAACAACAGUAAAAAUGCUGUUUAUAAAUCGAAGACAAUGUCGUUGUAAUGUGAGAAUGUCAAUGCAAGAUAAAUAAAAUGCAGAUUUACACCA